AUGAUAAUAUCACGCGAUAUCUAUAAUGACUCUCCCCCGCUGCGCCGAAACCGCAUGGCCAACAAUCCGACUCUCCUGUAUUCUUGGUGGUGCACUGUAUUUUCCGCUGUCAUCAUUGGAGUCCGACUGUCGGGCCGCUAUAUUCGUAAUGAAAGACUCUUCCGCGAGGACAAGGUCAUGGCACUCAGCAUCAUCCCACUGUUUGCGCGAAUGGGAUUCGCUCACGUGGUCCUGAUCUGGGGCACCAACAAUGUCAACGUCACGAAUUUGACAGACCCUACCAUCAUCCGCCACCGCGAGAUUGGCUCUCAGAUGGUCCUCGCAGCGAGGAUUUUCUAUGCAUUAUUCAUCUGGAUGGCCAAGUUCACCGUUUCAGAGUUCCUGAAGCGCUUAUCGGAACGUUUCUGGAAGAGAGGAUACGAUUGGGGACUGCGUGCCAUACGCAUCUUUCUCGUCGUUACUUUCCUCAUGGUUCUGAUUGCCACACUCGCAGAGUGCCAUCCUACUACCCAUUACUGGCAAGUUGUCCCGGAUCCAGGACCGCAAUGCCGACAGGGCUACGCACAGCUACUCACCAUGGGCAUCUGCGACAUCGUCACCGACGUUUUCCUUAUCGCCUUUCCGAUCCCGAUCAUCGUGCGUUCGAGCAUGCCAUUAAAGCGGAAGAUCUCACUUGUCUUGCUGUUUUCCUUGUCGAUCGUUCUAAUCGUUGUCACUGGCGCUCGAAUGCCUCUGGUGAUGCAAAGAUCAGGUUUACAGCAGUUUCGCACCGUAUUUGCUUCUUCAGAAAUUCUGGCUGCCACCAUCGUUUCCAACGCCAUCGUCCUAGGCUCCUUUCUUCGCGACCGAGGUGUCAAGAAACCAAAAUUCAAAGCACCAUCUACCACAGACAGUAUGGAACGCCGAGGAUCAACACGCCGCUUCACAGACCAGACCGGUAGCAGUGAUGAGGAUCUUGCAAGGUCACUAGGAUACCGCACAAAACCUGAACUGCUCGAUAAGUCGACAAGCCUACCGAGACCGGCUCCCGUGGCGGACCUCGACCUUUUAUCAUCGUCCAGACAACCCGGUCCUUUUACAAACAACAACUGGAAGUUCCCCGAUGAGGAAGCUGGUAUGCUUCCGUGCAACGGUCGACCAAGCAUGACAGUCGAAGACAUACGAGAUCCGAUGCCCAGUCCUCGUGCCAGGCGCGUGUCAUGGUUCGACGUUGGUGGACUACUGGAGAAUCCAGCCGUAGCUCCCUCACCCACCGACUCAGUCAUUGCGCACGACUUUGCAGCCCAGUCACAGCCACGAAGAGGGUCCAGAGCCUCAAACACGAUCAUGCCAAACGCACGCGCAUUUCUGCCUCAAGCACGACGCAACUCCCGACUUUCUCAACAGUCCGAAGACUACGAGAUGACUCAAGUCCGGCCCACCAAUCAGUUGCAGGAUCCCGGGGGCUUGCUCUCCGAAGAGCGCGAGCAAGAAGAAGCGUUGUCGACUCCAUCUCCACAUUCAGGCUCCUCAGCCGGUCCUCCUUCUUGCCAGACACGAUACGCGCCUAUACGACGCACAUCGACGCGCUCGACACAACAAAGCUACGAUGAAGCUGCAGGGCGCGACGCGACGGUCAUAGCUCGCACUAUUAGCAACAGCUUGAACCUUGGAGCAGUAGCACAACCUACCCACCCGCCAUCAUCAUCUGGUAGCACGUCAGAAAUGAACAAUGACGCGCCCACGCUCCUCGAGAUCAUCCAACUAACCCGUCAAGAACUCACCCACACGCAGACAACCGACCCGAUCCGUGAAUGCGGACGCGCUGCGCUGGCGCUGCUUCCCUCUGAUUCCGACCUAGCAUUGAAGCUCGCCUAUCAGAAAUUACACGAUGUGCCGUACAAGGAGGUGAAGACGUGCUGGCGCAGGUUGUAUGCGGAUGCGAGCCUAUGGAAGGUGGUGAAGGUGGUAGACGAUCAGCAUGGCCAAUUCGCAAAGGGUAGAUACGAUGAAGAGCGAAGCAAUGCUGCCGCUGAGAAGCAUGCCUGGGUUGACGACGUGGUACGAACACUGGAUAUGACGCUUAUAUUGACAGGCGCACCCGAGAGAGAGGAGCUCGUGGAGCUGUGGUUUGCAGCGUUGAAAGCUGUCCUAACGCCUCCAGGACGAAACUCCAACAUCGACGCUGACGCUUCCGAGCCCCCGAACAAACGGAGGAUGCUAUCGUUUUCACGUCAAACCUCCUGUGUACCAACGAGCUUCCCGACGGUGCUACCCAAUCCCUCGCCCACCAUCCGACACGCGAUACAUCGAACGAGAGAACUCAGUCUGGAGGCUUUCCAGAAGAGAGUUGGUGACACGACUAUGCAUACACCUGUUAUUAUCGAAGGUGCGAUACAGCACUGGCCCGCACUUGACGAGCGACCGUGGAACAACCCAGCAUAUUUGCUCGAGCAGACACUCGGUGGUAGACGCCUCAUACCCGUUGAAGUGGGCAAGAGCUACACAGACGAAGGCUGGGGUCAGCGCAUAACCACUUUCCGCGCCUUUAUGGAGACAUACAUGCUCGAAGGCGCGAAAGAUGCUGUCUCGGCUACAUCACACAUGGACAAUGUGGGUAGUCCUGAUUGUGACGGAGCUGAUGGCAGUCAGACGCCAACACCACCACCGACAGGCUACCUAGCUCAGCACGACCUCUUCGCCCAGAUUCCAUCUCUCCGCGCCGAUAUUAGCAUACCUGACUACUGCUACUCCUCACCCGCCCCUUCCCCGCACCUCACACACAUUAAACCUGUCCCGAAGCUCGAAGAACCAUUGCUUAAUGCUUGGUUUGGACCUAAGGGGACUGUUUCGCCUCUGCAUACUGAUCCGUACCACAAUAUACUUGCACAGGUCGUGGGGUACAAGUACGCGAGGUUGUAUGCCCCGGAGGAGACGGAGCGGUUGUAUCCGAGAGGGAUGGAGGGGGGCGGAGUGGAUAUGAGCAAUACUAGUCGUGUUGAUUUGGACGAGGGGAUGGAAGUUUUGGGGGAGGUGAGUUGCUGGGAGGUUGAUAGCUUGUCAAGUGAACGGCGAAGGGAAUUUGAAGAAGAGUUUCCUGGGUUCAAGGAUGCGAGGUAUAUUGAAGGCAUUCUAGCCCCGGGUGAGUGUCUUUAUCUUCCUGUAGGUUGGUGGCAUUAUAUACGUAGUCUCACACCUAGUUUUAGUGUGAGCUUUUGGUUCAAUUGA